GAGAGCGCAUGCGCGGGGCGGCGGGCAAACAUGGCGGCGGCUAGCUCCGUGUCGCGGCUCCAGGACUUACCUUCAGACCCGCUCCUGCACGUGCUGUCCUACCUCAGCUUCAGAGACCUGCUCAGCUGCAGUCAUGUGUGCAGACGUCUGAAUGACCUGAGCAAGCACAACCCUCUGUGGAAGAGACUCUGCCACAAGCACUGGCUCCUCAAAGAGUCAGACCGUGCAGAGAGUGCCCUCUCCUGGUAUGGCUUGUUCGUGCACACAUACUCCGACCUGGGUCGAUAUGUCGAGUUCUACGCCGAGCUCAAAUACAACUGGGACCAGCUCACAGACUACCUCCAGCAAAAGUGUCCUCGAAUCAUCGCCUCUCUCAAAGAGGGAGCCUCAGAGUCUGAGCUGGACGCGGUGGAGGCUCAGAUUGGACUCAAACUCCCAAACGACUAUCGCUGCAGCUGCAGAAUCCACAAUGGACAGAAACUCGUCAUUCCAGGUUUAAUGGGGAGCAUGUCUCUGUCUAAUCACUACCGCUCGGAGGUUCUUCUUGAUGUGGAAACAGCGGCCGGAGGCUUCCAGACUCGCCCCGGGAUGAAACUCUGUCUCCCCCUCACCUUUUGCUUUCACACAGGUCUCUCCCAGUACCUCAGCCUGGAGCAGGAGGAAGGGAGGAGCAGAGGGGAGGUGUUUUACCCCUGUCCGAACCAGAGAGCCUCAGACCCCUCGGCCAUUGAUAUGUUCAUCACAGGUUCUAGUUUCUCAUCCUGGUUCACGUCAUACGUGCAGAACGUGGUGAGCGGAGAGUUCCCCAUCAUCAGAGACCAAAUCUUCAGAUACGUCCAUGAAAAAGGCUGCGUGGCAACCACUGAUGACAUUACAGUUUCAGUGUCGACGUCGUUCCUCCCAGAGCUGUCCUCUGUCCACCCCCCACACUAUUUCUUCACCUACAGGAUCAGGAUAGAGAUGUCUCCGUGUGUUCCUGCCUCUGCGUCCUGUCAGCUCGACUCCAGAUACUGGAAGAUCACCACCUCAGACGGGAAUGUGGAGGAAGUGCAGGGCCCAGGGGUCGUGGGUGAGUUCCCGGUGAUGACUCCUGGUAAAGUGCAUGAGUACGCCUCCUGCACCACCUUUUCCACCCCCUCAGAGUACAUGGAGGGACACUACACCUUCCACAGACUGGCGAACAAAGAGGAGGUGUUCCAGGUGGCUAUCCCUCGCUUCCACAUGGAGUGUCCCCCGUUCAGAAGACCUCCAACCAAACAGAAACAGGAGGAGGAGGACGAGGAGGAGGAAGAGGAAGUGAAUGGCUCUUCUCCCUCAUGGUGGCACAACAUCUAACAUGACAGUGCCACACACAGACAGCUGCUUCAGUCGUGGUGGAGAGACUUUUUUCUUUGGGCCCCAAAAGGAUGAACUUAAUCUUCUUUAAAAUGAAUCUUGUCUAAACGCAAACAGAGAUGUUACAGCGGUCAGUUGAAACUUUGUGGUUCUGUGUUACCAGGGAAACCAUUAAAAACUAUUUACAGUUUGUGGGGAAAGGUCACGGGGUCAUGGGGUUAGACACUAUGAAUUUGAAAUGUGAAAUUGUUUUGUAAAGUUUUUGGAGAUAAAAUCACUAUUAUUCA